UAGCUCCUUGAAUCUCGGCUUUCAGCAAUGAAUGAGGGAAAGAAUACAAUACAUUGGGUGGCAAAGCAUAUCCAGGGCCUGUGGAACGGCUCUGUCCAUACUGCCCUGCUGUCGGCAUAGAAUCGCCAUGGUUUGAAUGACCCGUAUUGAGUUCAUCCAGAAACGAAUUGACGUCGUGCAUGAGGCCGUGAAGGCUGUCAGCGGGAACAUCGCUUUCGUAAUUGUAUCCCCGUUGCUGACUCGACAUGAAAGACGACUAACCCAAAGACAAAAGGGACAACCGAUCAUAAUUAGAAUCCAUUCUGAGUACACUGGACCAUCCUGCGGUCCAAUCGCAUUACUGCCAUAUCCCUAAGUUUUUUUUACCUAUUGGAUAACUGGAACAGAAAAAUAAAAUAGGAAAACGGCC